AAUUCUCAUCACAUCGUCCGUAAAUCAGCUCCGACACGUCUCCGAGCUCCAUACCUCUACAAAACUCGGACCGAGGCCAAACGCGACGUCGUAAACUGUCAUACUAUCUCCUUCAAAAUGCCACCCAUUCACCAACCACGCCAUGAUCCCUCUGGCAACAGGGGAACUUGUUGCAGUCCCGUCUCUUUCAACAUGAUCACCACUCAAGCCCUCCACAAUCGUCAUCUUCCUCCUUUUUUGCUUCCUCCCUAUAGAGCACAACCCACAAAGCUAACUUCCCUCCAUCUCCAAGAACGUACUCACAUUUGUCUCCGUACACAAGCUCUCAGGUACCUGCCUACACCAAACCUGACAAAAAUCUUCAGCGGCGCACCAUUUCAGUUUCAAGCGGUUGAGUUACCCUGGUUCACCUACCUACACAUUCAACAAAAUGUGCUUCAAGUGUUACUCGGAUCAGCCCACGGUUCCUAUAAUCCUAUGCCAGAACCACCACCCGAGGUUAAGACUUAUAGGGGCUUGGCUGAAUUCCAGUCCUUGUAUGCCGACACCGUAAUCGUAGCCAUCGAUCUGGAAGGAAUCGACCACCGGAAUGGUAUCCAUGCAAACGGGCUGGAGAUUUGGGAGAAGGUGUCCGAGGUCGGUGCUUCAUUUUUCGACCCUCGGGACGUUCGUCUCGACUCCGGGUCUCCCUCGGCGACUACAUGUAGUCCAAAGCAAUCGCCUCUUAACACCUCCACGGAGAGGCUGUCGUCGAUCGUCAAGUACAUCAUUACAUACCACGCGAUUAUCAAUCGCUGGCGCCAAUGGACCGAAGAGACGUGCGACGCCCCGCACCACAAGACCCACGACAAGGCGCAUACGGCAAAGCCUUAUCACUGCAUGGUCACCGAGUCCUGCUUCCGAACCCAUGAGGGGGCAUUAUCUGACCUUGAUCGCCUUCUGCGCGAUCUGUCCAUUAGAAAUCUCACCGCAGAAGAAAUCGAGACAGGCAAGCGUCGUAUGGUGCAGAUCAUCUACUGGGACGCUCGCAUGGAAUCUACCCGGUUCCACGACAUAGAUUUCGAUGUCGGCUGGUACGGGGCCAUAGCAUGGGGCUUUCAACAGUUCAAGCCCUUCCGGUCGAGAAACGAAAAGGCUCGGACGGGUGCCGAAAAGGCCUUUGACAGUCUUGGGGCCCUCGGAACGGGGGCCGGGGGCAUGGCAGUGCUCCAUAUUCGUCAGGUCUUCAAAACCGACCGUCUGACUAGCGGGCGGGCCACUAGUCAGGGCUAG